AUGCAGAUCCGACCUGUAGUUCACAGCAGAAUAAUUGUCCCGGCUCGCUGGAAGAGAAUCAGUAAUGAGUUGUGCACCAUCAAUGUUUUUACCAGUGGAGAUAUCUUGGUUCCUCCAGCACGGGUGCUGAUUUCAAAACAUAUGCUUACUAGCUGGGAAAACAUACUGGCCAUGCGCACUGGAGCUGUUCACAGAUUGUGUAUGCUGAAUGGGAGAACAUUACAUGAAGCAUAUGAGCUGGAGAACAACCAGUAUUAUGUUGCUGUAGGAGUCGAGAGGUUCCAGCCUUUGCCAUAUUAUCAGCUGUUUCCAAGCAAAGGAAUAAUCUACAACCUAACCGAUGCGUAA